AUGACAGCUUCAAGCCGGGGUUCGAAAGCCGCUCAGGCUGUGCUAUCUACACGGCUCUACUCAUCUCUCGCCGCAGCCGUAGCGAAAACCCCCACCGAUACCUCUACUCCUGCACCCGCUCGCUCUCCGCCGCCCUACGACGUUCGCUCUGGUGUAAUUCUCACGCGACCACCUCUGGUGACACGGAAACUCCAUCCUUUUGAAAAUGCUUUCUUUUUCUACCAGAAACGUCUCGAAGAACGUCUCAACACCCCCUUUAUCACGAGUAUUUACUUCAAACCUGAUACGGCUCGCCGUCUAGACUGGAACAUCAAGGUCCAGGAGCGCAAGGGCACAGUGGCCAAGGAGCUGGGUGUCUACAAUGGAAAGAGUUCCAAGGCGUGGGAUGACGAACUCAAGGUUGGCGAUGAGCUUAGCAACCAAGAGACUAUCGUCAAGUCCUUGCUCAGGGAUGCUGAGGCACGUGUCAGUGAUGAUGCUGAGAUUAUCGCUCCUGAGGAUGUCAUCCCUGUUGAGCCUCCUGCGGAUCGUGUGACUGAAGCAGAUCGUAAGGUUGAUGUUCAAAGACUGGAUCGUCAACUCGAUCGAACCCUGUAUCUUGUGGUCAAGGGUAAGGACGGUUGGGGCUUCCCCGCUGAUGUGAUUCCUAAGGAUGAAAAUCUUCAUGAGUCCGCCAAGCGAGUCCUCGACCAGGCUGCUGGUGUCAAUAUGAACACAUGGAUUGUCAGCCGCGUGCCAGUCGCCCAUGUCGUCUCACGACCCAAGAUGACUGCCGACGGCGUCGUCGAGAAGAAGGGUGAAAAGACAUUCUUCAUCAAGGGCAGGAUAAUGGCUGGUCAGGCUGAUCUUAAGAAUAACCCCUUUGGCUACACCGAGUUCAAGUGGCUGACUCGCGAGGAGCUGGAAAAGGAAUUGCCAAAAGAUUACUGGAAGGGGACGUCAAAACAUGUCACUUGGGUUUAUUUCUGCACGUUUGUCCUCAGCUGCGAUAACCUUGUGUCAAGCCAGAAUACCAUAAGAGUAGGUCAAAGAGGAAUCCAUCAUAUUCAUGCAGUCACUGAAAAUGUUCGUAUGGGUAUUUUGGGACUCAAGAAGCUUAGUCGUCUCGUUGGGAUUGGUAAAAGCUUCACGCCUAAUUUCGUUCCAUCUAAGAACAACAGCCUAGAAAGUCUCGACUUCAUCGUAAUCGCAUAA